UUGGGCGGCCAUUGCAGGGACCACUUUACUUUUCUCCCAAAAAUGUCGAAAGGGGACCAGAAAGGUCCUAAUCUACAGUGAAAAGAAAUAAAAAUAAUUAUGGCCGAACAGACCAGAAAUCCAAUGAAGCAGGGUGUCUCUACAGUCUAUCCCUUCUUUACCCUUAGAGCAAAAUCAGGAAAAAAAAUAUUUGAAGAUUUAAUGUCAGUGUACCACAUGUAAAAUCACCACAAACCUGAUGAUAUUUUUAAGUAACAAAUUAAAAGGGAGACAUGAAUUUAGACGUAAAUAACACUCGAGAUAGGGGUGCGUGACGGUGUUUCGUCUGUAUGGUAUAAAAAGACCUCUAGCGCCCUUUUGCGACAACAGUAAAUGGGAUUUAAUUAAUUGAAACGUAAUUGUUUAAAACCGUAGAAAAACAUAAAACAAAUGCUAAGCAGUCAUCGGUGGGGCGUAGGGAUGGUCAAAAUUCGUCAAGAUUGACGGAUGAAGACUGUAUUAAGCAAAGCUUGACUAAAACCAAUCCUGAAUUAAAUACCAAACUUGGGUAGAGGCGUACACUGUACCGGAGCUUAUUUCGGUUUCCGUAGCAUAAAAAGACUAUAGCUAUAGACUAUAGUGCUACUCCCCCCGGGAUGAGAAGCUAGUCCAUCGCAGACUAGCGUGCGAUAACAUUGCGGCAGUACCCAAUUUUACUCCUGAGAGAAGAAGAUUAGCAAUAACCACAACAACAACCUGGUCUUGCUUCUCUAAACUACUGUGAAAGAAGUUGUUACUUCACUUUCUGUUACUUCACUUUCUGAGACGAUUGUUACGUGCGUGCGUUUGUUAAUUUGCGAUUGGAAAGGGAAUAAUCGUGAUGUUUCCGGGUGGUCGCCACUUUAAGGGGCGUGUUCCUAUCGAAAUUGACACGCUACCGAUAUGCACAACAAUCAGUCAGAGACGUUGGGCAUUUCGCCAUGAUCUCUUAUCUAUAAAUGACCAGUGAAAUUUCAUAUACGUUGACACAGUUAUCAGUAAGCCAUGAUUCUGUAAGCCAAUUGGCACGAAACAAACUAAAGUUUGCAACUGUUUACACAGAUGUGUUCCAGCUUGCACGAAACGAGGUUAGCAAUUACAAAAAAUCCAAACUAUUCAGUGACGAUGGAAUAACAAUUGUUUUGCAGGAUGUGAAUAUUUAAGUUGAUAUGCUCCUUAUCGUUCAAAUAAACGAGCCUAUCAUCGAUCUGUCACCCACUACACCGCGAAAUAUAGGACUGCCAAGCUCCGUUAUCUCGACUGUUUAUAAUACAGAGAAGAAUCUCCUUCCCUACAUUGGAUUCACCCCGGGAUUCACCUAGAUGUUCUCGUUGUUUACGCUAUCUGAAAGUGCAAAACGUUUAUCUUGAAGUAGAACAGAACCGAAUUAUCUUUUCCCUCUGAUGCAAUGUUAUUAAUAGAAGACAUCUGCUUGGCACUGCUUAAGAUCAAGAUAACAUUUUGAUACAAAAGAACGUGAACUUUCACUCUCUUGUUCAGCCGCAUUAUAUGUAUGUUGGAAAACAAGUGAUCUACAGUAAUACCAUGGACUGUUGGUUCGUUAUGGCCCCUCGCGAUUUAUGGCGAUGUUAUGUGGUCUUCGGGGCACUCCCAGCACUCUUGGGAGUCGUAACGUCACAAGGUCAACACAGAGAAGAUUUCGAGCACAAGUUGAUUUAUGACUUAUUCAAGACUGGUUACAGCAAGGAAGCCCUACCUGUAAUAAACAAAUCAGAGGCCAUUGAAAUCAUGUUUGAUAUGGCGUAUAGUCAACUAAUAUAUCUGGAUAGCAAAAAUCAAAUACUUUCCAGUAAAGUGUGGCUACGACAGAUGUGGACUAACCCAUACCUGACAUGGGAUCCUACGAAAUAUGGUGGGAUUAAACAUAUCAAUAUUGAUCCAAAGUUAAUUUGGAAACCAGACAUCAUCCUUUACAACAACAUUGGCUAUGGUGAAACCGGUGCAAUAUAUACUUUUGACACAAAGGCAGUGUUGAAGUACGAUGGAUAUACUGAGUGGUUUGCUCCAACAGAGAUUCACAGCAUCUGCAAGAUUGACAUUAACUAUUUCCCCUUUGAUGAGCAGAGUUGCCCCCUUCGAUUUGGUUCCUGGACUUAUACAGGUAACAAGCUGAACCUUACCAAAAAGCGUGACUCUGCAGAUCUCCUCGACUACACAGUAAGCGGCGAGUGGGAAUUGCUGGAGGCACCUGCGAAGCGCAAUGUGCAGCUGUACAGCUGUUGCCCCCAUCCCUUUAUCGACAUUACAUACACAAUCCAUGUCAAACGCAGAGUGCUCUUCUACAUGAUGAACCUCAUCAUUCCGUGCAUUGUCCUGGCUGUCUUGACGGUUUUCUCGUUCUAUCUGCCGCCAGAGUCAGGUGAGCGCAUGGGCCUGGUCAUAACCAUUCUCCUGGGUUUGACUGUGUUCAUGAUGGUUUUCACAGAGAACGUACCGCGCACCUCGGAGGUGACUCCACUCAUUGGCAAAUACACGGUGACAGUCCUGGUGCAGGUUACUGUAGCCCUACUCAUCACGUGUUCUAUUCUGAGAGUUUAUCACCGUGAUCCAGAAAGGAAGAUGCCUGCCUGGUUCCGCAAGCUCAUUCUGGAUAUCUUAGGCCCAAUGCUGCUAGCCAUACCGUCAGAGGAACGAGCCAAGAUGAGAGAAGACGACAAGGACAAGAAUAUCUACAUGAGGAAAGCGCAAGGACUUCCCUACGAAAUCCACCCUAGUCAGAAUCAUAUGGUAGUUUCCAUGCCAAAGAUCGCAAGCGCAAAGAAAAGUGACACGGAAACCGACAGCAAAUGUUUCCACACGUCACCCUUGGGAUCUAACAUGUCACUCACACCAUCGGACGAGCGAAUGGAAGAAAUCGUUUUUGGCAUGCGCGCUAUCGUUUCUCACUUGAAAGACACGCAAGAGUCAGAUGCAAAGAUCAAUGACUGGCAUCACGCAGCCGCAGUUCUGGACAUCGCAUUCUUCUGGAUCACGGCCAUCACUAUCUUGGGAUCCACACUGGCGUUCUACUUUAUGAUUCCAAAGUAACUACAAGGGGAAGCUCCUUGGCAAACCACUUUUUUUCCAAAGAGUUCUUGCCUUAAGGUGGCUCCCUACAGUAUUAACAGUAUCUACACCUGAAGAAAGAUGAAGAGCUAAAAAUGAAUUAUUUGACUGAACUUUGGGUUUAAGCUCCUGGCAUUCGAAGUGAAGAUUAGCAACAGACCAGGGAUUUAUUUUUCGUUCACAUAAGCGUAUCCCAGACUGUUGUCAUGGCAACAACUAAUCAUAAAGAUAACCAUUUUUUUGCUGUUUUCCACCUAUUCGCUUCUCUUUCUAGAUUUACCCUCGGUAAAAUAUUUUCAUACUCGGCAGUCUAGUGAAAGCGAUUUCGGACAAUAGUUUAAUUUGAAGAAAUGUAAAGUUUAUCUGGUAGAUUCGUAAAAAUCUUAAAUUUUCUUAUUUUUGAUCAAACAAGAGAAAGCCCUAGAUAAAAUUUUGUCAAAAAAUGAUAUUGUAAAGUAGGCAUCUAUAUUAUGAAGUAUACAAACUUUCAAAAGAUUUCACCAAAUUAGCUACUUUGUGACGUCAUAAAAUCUCGAGACGACCACGCGCGCAUGCGUAUCAAUGGCCCUCUGGCGUCAUAGGCGCGUUUGAGAGGGAGAAGAAUCAUGUUAAUCUCGUAUGCCCUUUCCUACCUACCUUAAAGCUACUUUUGGCAAUAUCGCGACCCAUUUUUGGAUAUGAAAAUUUAGAAUAAGGAAUUCUCACCCUAUAGAUCGUAUGGCCAGCAUCUUGUAAAUGAGCAAAUUCGA